UGGUCGUUAGGGCUGGAGGUGACGUCACCGGUGUACAGACAGUUGGUCACGGCGGGAGGAUUGAGCUGCGGACUGGGAGCCAUGGCUGGAGUUUGGCAGCACCCGUUCGUGAAUGUUUUUAAGCACGUGCAGCUGGAGGAAUGGAAGCGAUCGAGCAAGGAAGGCGACGUCACCGCUCUCAUGGACAGAAGCCUGCGGUGCACCGUCUACAAGAUCCGGGGGUCCGUCCCUGCAGGAAACUACAUCCAGAUCCCCAAGACCAGUUCCCAGAGUCUGGGGCUGACCGGGCGUCACCUCUACGUGCUGUUCAGGCCGAUACCCGGGAAGCAUUUUGUGGUCCACGUGGACGUGAGCGCAGAGGACGGUCAGACCAUCCGAAUCUCCUUCUCCAACCUCUUCAAGGAGUUUAAGUCCACGGCCACGUGGCUGCAGUUCCCGUUCGUGUGCGGAGCGGUGAAGGGCUCAGUGUAUGACAGCACAGCGCAGAGCGCCCGUCAUGGUCUGGUGGGCCCGGCUCCGUCAGGGUCCCGGUGGACGUGUCUAUUGCUGGACCUCCGCUAUAUCCUGUCUUUGUACCAGAGCCGGACAUACAGCCACCUGAGGAGCGUCAAGCUCUGCUCCAACCUACUGGUGAAGAACCUAGUGACGAGCGACCUCAUCUUCAACCCUGCAAUGACUUAUACGGAGGCCCGGCAGUCCAAGGCUUUACAAGAUGGAGUUGCUCCGAUGCCCCGGGAGAUGGCAUUUCCGGUUCCUAAAGGAGAGAAAUGGGACGACCUGUACGACUUCAUAAGGUUUCCUUCAGACGCCUCCAAGCUGCCCUACGAUUCCAUCCAGAAGGGACAGUCGUCCACAGCAGCCCCAGGCGCCCCUCCCUCUCGCAGUCCUCUUCGGGAACGCCCCCGCUCUGUCACCGUCAGUAAACCCGUGCAGGACAGAGUCUCCCUCAUCCAGCAGAUUACGACCCCCAGACCGCUUCCCCGGCGCACUCUCCUAAGUGCGGAGUCCAUCCCUGAGCGCUACCUGUCCGUGUGUGGGAGACCAGGAGAGGACGUAGAGCAGGAGAGCAGCGCGGGGGAGGAGGAUGAUGGCGGGGUUCAUGUGUACGCACACAGAGGACGGGAUCUCGCCAUCCACAGGCAUUCUGCUGACCUGGAGAAGGUCGUUCACACGACGACCCCCAGACCGGCGAUGUUAUCGGCAGAACCUGAGGGGAAGAAGCUUCUUCCUGAUCCAAUCCUGAAACUGAGAAGAAUCAUCGGCUUCGGAGGCUGCACCGAGCGAUGUGCUCUGUGGACCCGCGCCGGUUGCUCGGUGGUCUAUCCGUGUCACGCUGUGAUCGUGGUGCUGGAUGUGGAGAGCGGAGAUCAGCGGCUCCUCCUGGGACACACUGACAAGGUGUCUGCCCUGGCAUUUAACGGGAGCUGCACCCUCCUGGCCUCCGCACAGACUGGCACCCUCAGCAUGGUGCGGCUCUGGGACUUUGAGAAGGGCGACUGCCUGGCCAUGUUCAGGACGCACGCCCACUCCAUGUGCUACCUCAGCUUCUCACACAGCGGAGCCGUUCUCUGUGGAGUCGGGAAGGACGGACACGGGAAAAAUAUGGUGGUUGUGUGGAACACGUCUCAGGCUAGCCGCGGUGGUGAAGUGGUCGUCCUGGCGAAGGCUCAUACAGACGUAGAUAUCCAGACUAUGAAGAUCGCCUUCUUUGAUGACACCAGGAUGGUAUCAUGUGGCCGGGACAAUGUGCGUUUAUGGCGGGUACGAGGUGGGGCACUGCGGUCCUGCCCGGUUAAUUUGGGGGAGUACCACAACCUGGAGUUCACAGACCUGGCGUUUGAAGUUGGACACAGCCCUGACCGAGAACUUGAAGAGCGAACCCUCUACGUGUGCAGCCGCAGCGGGCACAUCCUGGAGAUAGACUACAAGAAUGUGUCGCUGAGCAACGUGCGCCGCCUACAGACGACCCCGGCCCAGCAUGGCGAGCGGCGGGAGAAGACGACCUUCAGCUCUGGUCCUGGCAUAGCCAUAAACAGCGUCUGUGUGUCGGCCACCUACUGUGCCACCGGAUCUGAGGACGGCUACAUGCGGCUGUGGCCCUUAGACUUCUCUGGGGUCUUCCUGGAGGCAGAGCAUGAGGGUCCGGUCAGCUGUGUGUCCAUCAGUCCCGAGGGUCUGCGCGUCCUGUCCUGCACUAGAAGUGGGGAGCUCGGGGUCCUAGAUGUUCCUUCCCGGGGGUACCAGACCCUCAUGCGCUCUCACACCGAUUCGCUGCUUGCCUUCUCCGCUCACCCUUCUUACCCUCAGCUCGCCACUGUGUCCAGCGACAAGACCAUCCGGAUCUGGGACGUGGUCUCCCUGCAGCAGUUGUAUGACUUCACAGCCAACGAGGAGACCCCGUGCACCGCGGCCUUCCACCCCGACCAGCAGGCCCUGGCCUGCGGCUUCAGCAGCGGGGCGGUACGCUAUUUUGAUGUGGCCGCGACCGCUCUACAAGCAGAGCACAAGCAGCACCGAGGAGCCAUAACCGGCCUUCUCUUCUCUCCGGAUGGCGGUCUGAUGUACAGCGCCUGCUCCAUGGGGUCCCUUGCUCUCUACAGCAUUGGUCACAGAGAGCAGCACGUGGUGCGGGUGCUCGGUAACGUGGUUUGCAAGAGCUCAGAGCAGGGCCCUCGGGCGCUGACUCUCAGCAGGGACGGUCGCCUCUUGGCCUUCAUCGGACCUACCGAAUAUACGGUGACCUUCAUGGAGGGACGCUCGUUGGAUGAGGUCCUGCGGGUUGAUGUUAGUAUCCUGGACUUGGACAGCACCAGGCUGGACUGCGCCCUGGGCAUCGCCUUCAGUCCCCUCCGUCCUUACCACCUUCUGGUGUCCACCUCUGGAAACAAGAUCCUGUGGCUGGACCCCACUACGGGUCGGCUGAUUAGAGAGGUCACAAAUGUGCACAAAGAGCACUGCUCCUUGGUGGCGGUGAGUGAGGAUAACCGCUACCUCGUGACAGCCGGGGACCGGAUCCUGAAAGUGUGGGAUCAUGGCCUGGCAGGACACUCGCGCCCGCAGGUCUUCAUCGGGCACUCUGAGCCGAUUCAGCAGGCGGAGUUCUCCCCCGAUCAGCAGCACGUGAUCACUGCCGGAGACGCCAUUUUUAUUUGGGACUUUGAAGCAGCUCCUGACGCUGGCAGUCAGGAUGUCAGCCAUGCAGGGUGUCUGCCCACUGUCCGCCAGUCUAGCAUCAUGGGGCGUCUGCCGCUCCCCCUCCAAUCCAGCGCCGCAGAUCAGAGAAGAGACUCCACCUUCAUCUCCAGUGGGAUGCCUCGGGUGGCGGCCCCUCGCCCCUGUGUCUCCUCUCCCCCCCGCCUGGAUAUCAGCCCGGUGCAGCGCGCAGAGAACACAGAGUCGGAUGAUGAAGAUCUGGGGCAAGUCGUCCACGAGGAGUCAAAGGUAGAAGAGGUGGACGUCGAGGAUCCGGAGGAAAGCGGCGGCGAGUCAUCCCUCGUCAUCAUCGAAAACCGUCUGAACAGGAGCGAUCUGCCCCGGAGCAGAGGUGGCAUCAGCGCCAGCCCAGCCGCAGAUCUGCAGCCGGACCCCCCACGUCCUGAUGUCUACACGCACUUCACCCCUCGUUUUAAGAGUUCCUUCCCAGUCCAGGCGGCGUGCCAUCCUCCAGCCGGGCAGGAGAGGUUGGUCCUCAGGGCAGUGAUUGGGUAUAAUGGCAACGGGCGGGGGAACAUGGUGUGGAACCCGGAUACAGGGUUCUUCGCUUACACGAGCGGCUGUGUGAUCGUGGUGGAAGAUCUGCAUUCUGGGUCACAGCGUCACUGGCUCGGACACCCAGAGGAGAUCUCCACCCUGGCGCUCACCCAUGAUGCUCAGAUCCUGGCCUCCGCCUCUGGCUCCGGGGACGGAUCUUCCCUCUGUCAGAUCAGAGUCUGGACCACACAAGAUGGAUCCUGCGUAAAGGUCCUGCAGGGCCACCGCUCCGAGGUCCAGGCCAUGAGCUUCUCCAGGGACGACCGGUUGCUGCUCACUGUGGGUGACUACAGGGACGGGACCCUCGCGCUGUGGAGCACCAGGACCUAUGAGAUGCUGGCGAGCAGUAAGCUGUCCGCGCCCGCCCACGCCGCAGUCUUUAACCCCUCACACGCCGACACCUUUGCUUGCGUCAGCAGCAGGACUGUAAACUUUUGGCGAUUGGAAAACAAUGGGACGUCAUGUCAGAUGAAGGUCUACAGAGCAGCUGUUCCGGACAAGGUUGGCGUAGCAGAGCUGACCUCGCUGACCUAUAACGCGACCUCCCUGGUGUACACCGGCUGUAGCACGGGGCAGGUGUGUGUGUGGGACGCCCAGACUCACCGCUGCUUCAUGACCUGGGAAGCGGAUCGUGGGGAGAUAGGUGCCCUGCUGUGCCGAGGGAACCGGCUGCUGACCGGCAGUAACACCCGCAGGAUCCGACUCUGGUCUGUGGCCGCCGUGCAGGAGCUGAGGCACAAGGGCUCCGAGGCCAGCACUUCCUCCGUCCUCAUGGAACAAGAGAUGACCCUGGACGGCGCCAUUGUCAGCGCCUCUUUCGAUGAUGCCCUGGACAUGGGCAUCGUGGGCACCACGGCUGGCACCUUGUGGUACAUCAACUGGGUGGAGAACACCAGCAUCCGUCUCAUCAGUGGUCACCGGAACAAGGUGAUGGGUUUAGUGGUGGGUCCGGGGGAGACGCACUGCGCCACGUGCGGGGAGGACGGCAGCGUGUGCAUCUGGUCGCUUCACAGCUGCGAGCUGCUCCUUCAGUUCCAAGUCCUCAACCAGAGCUGCCUGUGCCUGGACUGGAAUCGCCACGCAGCGUCGGGUCCGAGGUUAGCGGCCGGCUACAGCGACGGGACCAUCCGCUUCUUCAGCGUGUCCAGGACGGAGAUGGAAAUGAAGAUCCAUCCCCACCCGUGUGCGGUGACUGCCGUGGCCUUCUCCCUCACCGGUGACGUUCUGCUGUCUGGUGGGAAGGACGGCCUGAUGGCGGUCAGCAGCCCGCAGACAGGAAUGACCAUCCGGGUACUGAGCGACCACAAGGGGUCGCCCAUCAGCACCAUCCAGUUCUCCCCCAGGAAGCCUGAAGAACUCUGCCUUCAAGGAGGAGAGAUCUGGUUGGCUGCCAGUUCAGAUCGGCGGGUUAGCAUCUGGGCCUCUGAUUGGGCGAAGGAUAAGUGCGAGCUCUUGGACUGGUUGAGCUUCCCGGCCCCUGACAGCGAGAAGGAAAUAGAUUCGCCAGUUCCGACCCUUGCAGCUUUCUGUCCAUGGCAGCCUGGCACGGUGGUGUACACGGGGUAUGGGGCAGAGAAGGAGGCGCUCUUCUACAGCCUGGCACAGAAGCAGGUUCUGCUGAGGAUCCCGCUCUCGCAUUUUGCUGCAUCUCUGUCCAUGUCGCCGGUGGCAUCGCUUCUGGUCGUGGGCAGCAACGAGCGCCUCCUGCGUGUCAUUGACUCGUCGGCUGGCACACAGCAGGACUUCUGCGCCCACGACGACGGCGUUCACUUGUGUCGGGUGUCACCAUCCGGGAACCUGCUCUUCACCGCCUCCUACAACCAGGUGCUGGUCUGGGACGUCCAGAGCGCCUGAGCCGUGUCACGUGACCUCCGCCGCUGCUCUAGCUGGGACUUGUGUAUAUAGUUUGUACAGCAGAAGGAUCAUCCUCUGGGUGGCGCUUUUUACCGGAAAUUUGAAGUUUUUGUACUUUAAUUUAAAGAAAAUUAAAAAAGAAAAGUUUCUGAAUA